AUGAGCUAUAACCUUCUUUUAAUAACAAUCAAUUUUGGAUUUUGUGCAGAAAAAUUGAUUUAAUAAGACACCUUUGGACUUCAAUAAUUAAAUAUACUGAAUAAUAAUGAUGAUUAUGUAGUAAUUGAAGCAAACUUUAGUGAAAAAUAAGUAAGCAUUUUAAUGAUUUGUGAAACAACACCAAACUUUACAAGUUUAAGUGAGAUUUAUGUUGAUUAAAAGUAUUCUUAAUUAUAUGAAGUUUUUAAUGCAUAUGUGAUUGGAAUGCUUUCGAAUUUACUGAAACCUCGUAAAAAUUAAUGUUGAUAAGAGAUUCUGAAAAGAACUAUAAUUCAUACCCUACUAAUACCAAAUUUUCGAAAAGUGUAAGUAUUUAUGUAGGAAUUUUUUCAAAAUAUAAUGAUUCUUUAUCAAUAUCAAUAAAUUCGAUAUAGUAGAAUGAUUGCUUAAGGUACUAUUCAUUUUAAUGAGAGCACAUGCAAAAAUAAAGGAUAAUGUAUUAAAAAUACUUGCAAUUGUCUUGAAGGGUAUUUUGGAUAUGAUUGUGAAUUUUAAGGAUUUGAUAUUAUGAUUUAAGAUUAUCUUGAAAAGGAUAAAUUUUACUAUAUUGAUGUAAUGUAGAUUGGAAGUUCUGACUUUUCUUUAGAAUUUUCAAACACAGGAAAGGUUAGUUAUUAAUGUUUCAUGGAAAAUCCUUAUUUAAGAAAAGUGGCAGUUGAAGAAUCAACUGGUAUUAAAAUAUCUCUUGAAGAAAUUAUGAAAUGCUAAAUGAUUAGUUCAUAAUUAUUGAAGACUUAGUAUUAUAUUAUAGUCUAAUCAUAUUAAAAUGGUUUAAUAUAUAUUCAAUACUAUUAGAAAGAGGACAUAGACCAUUUCCAAACUAUCAUAAUUACAGUUAUAUCAACUGGUGUUAUUUGUUUAUGCUGUUUUAUGAUUUGCAUUUUUAAAUGUUAUAGAAUCAAACUUGAGAAAGCAUAGUAAACAAAUAAUAUUAAUAUUGUUGGAAGUAUUUCUCAGAACUAAAAGAUAUUCGAGAGUUCCUUUGACUGGACUCAAUUAAUUCCUGCUGUUGAAUAUUAAAGUCUAUUAAGAAAAUUCCCAUAAAUUAAGGAUUAAAUAGAAUGUUAGAUUUGUUUAGAUUCUUUUAAAUGCGAAUAAUUUGUUAGAGUGACAUAUUGUAUGCAUGUUUAUCAUUACAAAUGUUUUGAUAAAUGGAUGAAAUAAAAUUUAGUAAAAUUAUUUGUUUAUAAAAGAUUUGUCCAAUUUGUAGAUCUCCAUAAGAUAGAAAAUCUCUAGAUAAGAUUUUGGUUUAAGAAAAUAUGGUGAAUGUAGCCUAAUCAUAUUCUUAGAGUAGUAAUCGAAAUCAAGAAGGUCAUUCAUAGUAUAUAUAUUAAUAAAGAAAUAAACGUUACGGAGAUUUUCCCAUUUUAACAAAUAAUAGAACCGGAGGAUCUUCAAAGUUAAUUUAAAGUAAUUGA